GCAGACUCAGUGUCUUUUUCUCAGAAGCCAGGGGACUGUCAGAGAGGGAGUACACUGUGCUGCAGCUCUCUGACAGACACAACAACUAUGUCGCUUUAGUACUUUAGCAAGACUGAAUGAGAGUUUUACUCCACACGGACCCGCCGAGUCACUUCCAGUCGGUAUUUCGGAUCGUAUGUUUGGAAAUGUUUUCUUAAAUUGUUGCUAGCUGACAGGUUAGCUUCCGGGUUAGCUUUAAGUUUGGACCGUCUUGCUAAUUCUCACGUUCCGACCCGAAAAGCAAAGUAAUUCUACCACAAAGCCACAGCGUCUGCGGGAUUUCUACAAAUUGGACCGCUAAAGAUGGAGUCGUUUAACGUGUGUGGAAGCACCAGUCCUGUGAACAUCGUUUUGAAAAAGAGGCCCGGUGAGCUCCUCGGGUUUUCUUCGCUCUCUCUGCCCGAGCUGAGCACAAAGAACACGCACUGCAGGAACCUGUUCUCCCCUGGACCCGCGACCGUGUUGUCUCCUGUCACCAAUUUGACCCUGGACAUGAACAAUUUAGCUGUACUCGGAAGCCAAUGUGAUACCCCGAAAAGGAGAAAGCAUGCACCCCUUGAGAAGGUUCCCUCCUUUGCAUCUGACGUCUCCUCUGAUGCUGGCCUCGGCAUGGAUCCCCCGAGCCCCAUUGACGCUGUUGAAAUGGAGGACACGUUUGAAAAGGCCAUUCAGCAGUCAAGCCGAGUUGUCAGCCAAAAGAUGCCAAUUCGAAGAAUCAACUCAUUGCCAGUCCAGCUCCAGAGCUUCAGUCCAUCCCUGAAGAGACAGGAAACAGAUUCUCACCGCUAUGGAAUAUUCGGUCAACAACCAACCCAAACAACCGAUGCCUCCUCUGAACGCGACAACAAGGAGAACAUGCCGGAGGAGGGCUUUGAAUUCAAGAAGCCAACCAAGCCGGUGUCACGGUGUCGCGUGCGCUCCUUCAACGGCGGCCAGGCGAAGGAGGCGUUUGCCUGCCGUCCCAACUCAGCGCCGGCCCUCAUGUUUUCUUCACCUCCUCCGGUCCAGCAGCUCGACUUUUACGACUCCAGUCCCAUGUUCCUGAGACCCUCUUCCCUCACUUCACCUCUAAAUGACGACGAAGACGACGGCUUCCUGGAUGUACUGGAUGACAACAUGGAGAAUGACUCUGGGAUGCCGAGCGGAAUGGCCAGCUUGCUCACUGCCCCGCUGGUCGACAGCACCGGGGAAGACUCGCCUGUGAUUCGCUGCCGGCCUCGGAGCCUGUUUCGCUCCCCUUCCAUGCCCAAUCCGGUGUCGCGUCCCUCUGUCAAGCGUCCCGACUGCCCUGCGGACGAAACCACGCCUGUCAGGGUGAAAAGGCGACGCAGUCUGGCAGGAACGCAGGUCACCACCCUGGAACAAAAUCCCGAAUCGCCAAGAAUGGGCUGCUCCCUGCUCCAUCGGUCCAAGUCCUUCUGCCAGACAGAGAUUGAGAAGCUGCUGGACGGCGAGGGCGGUUCUAAUGAGCUAAUAGGAGACUUCACCAAGCCUUUUGUGCUUCCCACAGUGGAUGGCAAACACCAAGACCUCAAAUACAUUACCUCAGACACGAUGGUGGCAGCUGUGUCCGACCAGUUUAAUCUUCUAGUGGAGCAAGUUAUCGUCAUCGACUGCCGCUACCCCUACGAGUUUGAGGGCGGACACAUCAAGGGAGCUCUGAACCUGCACCAGGAGGAUCAGGUGGAGGAUUUCCUCCUCAAAACGCCCAUCAUCCCGUCCUGCUCGGACAAGCGCGUCGUCAUCAUCUUCCACUGCGAGUUCUCGUCGGAGCGCGGCCCUCGAAUGUGCCGCUUCGUCAGGGAGCGAGACCGCGCCAUGAACGAGUAUCCCAAACUCCACUACCCCGAACUCUACAUCCUCAAGGGCGGAUACAAAGACUUCUUUCAUCAUUUCCAGUCGCAGUGCGAGCCUCAGUCCUACCGGCCGAUGCACCACGAGGCCUUCAAGGAGGACCUGAGGAAGUUCCGCCUCAAGAGUCGUACCUGGGCAGGUGAGCGCAGCAAGAGAGACAUGUACAGCCGCCUGAAGAAGCUGUGAGCGCCUCCCUCGUCCUCCUAAACUGCCUCAAAAACACACCUGCCUCCCCCCCUCCCCCCGAGCAGACUGAGCACACCCUCCUCUCAGAGCCCGAGGCCUCGCCCCACCAACGAGGAAAUGCCUUUUGGACUGAGCCGACAGACGGGGAUUUUGUGAAUUCUCUAAACGUUUCAUUCAACUAUAGCAAAGUUGGUUAUUUAUGCAAAUUGACAGACGUGAAGUGAACACUCGAUCUAAAUGAGUCGCUGAGGUGCAGUGAACAGAUUGUGUUAAGGUGGUCUGAAGCAACGUGAUCGUGUGGUUUUUUUGUUUUGUUUUUUGUUUUUUUAAAAACCACUUGGACCUACUGCCAGUUUUAAGUUGUUUUUUUUUUUUUUAAUUAUUAUUAUUAUUGCUGGCAUUAGCAGAAUAAAUCACUGCCAGAUUGCAAUAGUACAACCAAACCACACUGACGUUUCCUCGCUGGAUAUUUCUUGUUUUUAAUUUUGCUUUUCUCAUGUCCCACCUUAUUUAAGCACUUAAAUUAAAUACCUUGAAAUGGUGAGGUGCUUUUUUUUUAUACUGAUCUUUCCAUUUGUUAUGUUUUAUUGAAUUGUUCUUCACCCCAUUUACACUCUGAUCUGUUCAAAAUAUGCCUUUUUGUGGGUGUUUCAGAAUGAAAUUGGAUAUUUUAAUGACAGCUUGAUUGAUGCAGAGCUUUUUUUUUCCUCUUUCCUGAUCAGUUGCAAUACAUCGUAACUUUUUUUUCCCCUCAGUCAGAAGAUACCAAAGCAAACCAACUACCUGUUAACUUUGCAGUGAGAUUUUUUUCUAAUGCUGCAGGUCAGCAAGUGUGUGAGGAUUUCUUCUUUUUUUUUUAAGCUCUAAGAAAAACAUUUUCCUUUUUUUUUUGCUUUGAUUUCUUUAUUAUUGAGAGAGAGAGAGAGAGGAAAAAAAAGAUGUCUUCCCCUCUGCAGAGAGAAUGAUGUCAGUUUCUAAUGAACGUUGUGGUUUGAGUAUUUUGGUACAGGCUUGUGGGGGAGCUGCUGAAAUAAAGAGCUGACGUGUGUUCA